ACGAGUGUUUCUGAUCUCAAGGAACGGAGUGUCGGCUCCUUUUCAGUGCUGCUGCUGCUACUACCACUCUCUCUCUCUCUCUCUCUCUCCCUCUGUCUCUCACUCUCCCCACACACACAGAGCUUGAAGAAGAUGUCAAGAAGAAGAAGAGUUUCUGAUUCUUCCAUUAUUGGACGAAGAAGAAUUGCUGAUCAUAAUUGUCAAAAAGGUACAAUAUUUCCCUCAUUCUUAUUUCCUCUGUUUCGUUCUCUCUCUAACACCACCACAAGCCCUACUUCUCCUCCUCCUCCUCCUGCUGUUGCUGUAAUACCCAAACAACGAUGCAAUUUGGUUCCCAAUCAUCUUCAAUCUGCUUUAAUUUCGUUCAAUCGCAUGCUCCAAAUGCGGCCUUUGCCCCCCAUUUCUCAAUUCAACAAAGCUUUAGGGCUUAUUACGAAAAUGGGUCAUUACGCCAUCUCUCUUUCUCUUAUUCUCAACAAGUUGCAACAGUUCCAAGGCAUUCAGGUCGAUCUCUACACCUUCAACAUUGCUAUUAAUUGUUAUUGCCGCCUUAAUCAAGUCCAUUUCGGCUUCUCUCUGUUAGGUUCCCUCUUCAAACGCGGUUUUACACCUGAUGGAACUACCUUCAACACUCUGAUUAAUGGACUUAUUUUGGAAGAUAAAACCCCUGAAGCUGUAGAAUUAUUUAAGAAAUUAAUCACAACUAGAGAUAUUGAACCCGACGUCAUUAUGUAUGGAACCAUUGUUAAUGGGCUCUGCAGAACCGGGAACACUGUCAGGGCUGUUAGUUUGCUUAGGAUGAUGGAAGAGGGGAGUGGUAAACCUGACACCGUAGUUUAUAACACAAUCAUUGAUAGUCUUUGCAAGGAUAGAAUGGUGGAUGAUGCUGUGAAACUCUUUACAGAAAUGAAUGAAAAGGGUAUUUUCCCAGAUGUUGUCACUUAUACUUCUUUGAUUCAUGGCCUAUGUAAUUUUGGCCGGUGGGAGGAGGCUACAGAAAUGUUAAGAGAAAUGUUGGAUAGUGGUAUUGCUCUGAAUGUUCAUACAUUUAAUGUGUUGGUGGAUGCAUGUAACCAAGGAAGGGACGAUGAACAAGGCAGAGGAGGUACUUGAAGUCAUGAUACAAAGAGGUGUGGAUCCUGAUGUAGUCACAUACAAUACUCUAAUGGAUGGAUAGGAGCAUUCACCCUAAUAUUUUUAGCUAUAACAUUCUAAUCAAUGGAUAUUGCGAGAAGAUGAAAAUAGAUGAGGCCAUGCAUCUCUUUCGAGAAUGGCCUCGAAGGGGGUUGAAACACAACAGCGGAACUUUCAACACUAUGUUACAAGGUUUGUUUCGAUCAAAUAGAUGUGGAGCUGCUCAAGAACUUUUUAAUGAGAUGCAAGUUGUAGGCAUAAUUCCAAAUUCUCAAACUUAUGGUAUCUUAUUGGAUGGAUUGUGCAAAAAUGGGCAUAUUUCUGAAGCAUUGUCAUUAUUCCACAUGAUGGAAAGGAACGGUUUAGAUCUUGAUAUUGUUAUGUACAAUAUUCUCAUUGAUACAUUCUGCAAGGAUAAAAAGCUUGAUACUGCAAGGGCCUUUUUCAAUAACCUUUCUUCCAAGGGGUUACAUCCUGAUGUUAAGACAUACAAUAUGAUGAUACACGGUCUUUGUAAAGAAGGCCUACUACACGAAGCUAAAGAGUUGUUUGUUAAAAUGGAACAGAGUGGUUGCUUAGCAGAUGAUUUCACUUACAACACUAUUAUCUGAGGAUUUAUUAGACAACACAAGUGCUAUGAGGCAUUAAUACUCGUUGAGGAAAUGGUUCAAAGGGGUUUUUCAGUAGAUGCAUCCACUUUUCCCUUGAUCAUAGAUAUACUCUCAACUAAAGGACAAGAUCCUGCUCUCCAAGAAGUGAUACAGAAGUUCAUGCCCAAAGAUAGUCAUGGAAUGCAAGAGAAUGAGUAAAUUUCUUAAGCUGUAAAGGUAAGGCUAUAUUAUACUAAAACGUGUAGCCUUUUACACUUAUAAAAUGUUUGUUAUUUGGUGAAACUCUUUUAAAUAUAUGUGUAGAUGUUGCAUCUUGCCUAUAUUGAUAUGUACUGCACGAAUGACAAAUGUAGUACAUUGACUGGUAUGAAUUAACGACAUUGGUUAUGUUUUAUUAUACCUCCUCUUCUCUUACUCUAGGAUGAAAUUAUUAGUAUAAAUUAAAUGGGUUGAGAUUGAUCUCUAUUAGCAAGAAGAUUGGUCAUGGAAUUGUUCCUUUUGUAAUUCCUACAGUGCUAUAUUAGGCCAAGUUUGGCAUGACCUAAAUAAUACAAAAAGUCAAAAAGUUACUAUCCUAUUUAAGUCACAUCAUCUUAUUUAAAUCACAUCACCUCUCUAACACAUCACAUCAAACCCAACCCAACCCAAACCCAACCCAUAUAAGCCAAUAAGUCAAAAAAAUGCACUUUUUUAGAACAUCCCAAACCAACCCUUAGUUGCUCUUUGCAUGAAAUAGAAAAAGAGUCAUUGUCUUGUUUCAGUACAUGACUCAAAGAUACAUAAAGUCUGGCUUCUACUAGCUUUUGAAUUCUUUUUGCAAUGUGCAAGCAAAUCAGAAAACCCAACUUGAGAAGCAUUUAAGCUAAAUUAGUUUAGGUCUAUAACAUGGAUACAAUUUUGCUAGUCACCAUUUUCAAAGUUACAUCUUUCAUUCUUUUCAUACAACACUCUUUUUUAAUGGAAUGCGGAUUAAGUAGAUUAAGAUAGCUUAGUGAACCGUUUUUGCUAGUGUAUUUUAAAAAUGAUUGACUGGGUUUGUAGCUUGCUUGGUUUAUUAGCCCAUAUUUUGAUGUUACCAAUUAAGGACUCUUUGGAAAGAAAGAUUGGUUUGCAACGAAGGGGUUCUGGUAUUGUUAUAUGGUACUGUGAUGAGAUUUGGUUAUAUAUAGCUUGCAUUUAUUAAGUUAACUACAGAUUUGGUAGUUCUCAUAUGACCCUUGGGGUGAUUUUAAAAGUUUCCUGGUAUGUAUCCUUUUGAUAUUGGGGCUGUUGAGUCUAAAAGAUAUUGAUAUGGAACUAUACCAUAGCUAGAGUGGAAGUGAAUUAUCGAGGCAUAAGUACUAACAAAGUGGCUAGUGGCUACUCAACUGUAGGAGGCGAACCUGUGGACAAUUGGUCCAACUGUUGCGUUGUAAUGCUUCAGAACACAAGGCUGCAGUCUGCCGAGGCCAUGGAUUGCAUAGUGUCUAACUAGCAAAUGUUUCCUGGACUGAUUGAUGAAAGACACAGAAAGGGUUGCAACGACCCAUACAUAGAGUGACAAUUGACAUGUCCCAGGAAUGGAAACCCUUUGGCUGGUAAAGUUGGCAACGUGCAACUUUCAUCUUUCAUUUAGUUGGCAUGUAAUCAACUUGAUGGGCAAACCACUUUUCCAGCUUACCUAUCCGAUGAGGCCGAGGGUGGGAAUAUAUACAUCUGUCGCUGGGUAACUUCUAACAGAUGCACCAGGAGUUUGCCGUUUUGAUGUCUCCCCCUGGUACGAGGAUAGCUGCCUUUUUCAUUAGUCAGCUCCUUAAAGCUUCUGUUUUUUUUCUUUUUCUUUUUCUUUUUCCGAAAAAUUGCCAUUUGAGUUUUAUUAGUUGUUAGAUGUUGCUUAGUAAUUUAUAGAUUCUGUCAUGAUGUUGCUCACUAAAUAAUUUUUAAUUUUUGAGUGUAUUUUACCUGUUGUAUUUCACGAAAGCUGUAAAGGAGCUAUACUAUUUUGAUUUUGAGCUUUAAUUCAUUAAAAUCAAGCAAAUGCAACCUAUGGGAAGAAGAUAAAGUACAGGUUGACCCUGUUGAUCAACCGAAGACGAGCUCUAAAAGCCACUUCUUCCUCUUAAUUCUUGGAGAGAUAAUUGUAAUGUCCUCAAAAUAUCCUACAAUACAUGUUGAAAGAGGAUAGGUUCAGGUAUUUGUUUUCUUUCCGUGGUGCCCACCAUUCAACCAAUUGUGAGAUGCACUACUUUAAGUCUAUUUUCUCUUUUCUCUUCAUCCGUAUCUCCUUUCAUUGUUGAAUUAUCUUAUCAGCAUUAAUUAUAACUAUUCAGCAAAGAACAUUGCAGAGACUGCGCUUGUCACCCAUUCUCUUCCCUUAUGGAUUGCACUAGUUUACCUCCUUUAACCCCUUUCUAUUUUAUUGUUUAUUGUUUUGCUUAUUGCUCUCACAUAUUCCUCUUGCUUGUUUGUUGCAGUGCUUCUAUUUGCUACCUUCCUCCCUUUCUCCUCUAUAUGAUGAAAUAUGUGCAGGUCAGAACAGAGUAGAAGAAAGUUGAAGUCCAAGAUGAAGCUCAGGAGUUGCUGUAAUUGUAACGAUUGGUUUCACUCACAGUAUUUAAAAUUGUGUUUGGAUAUUAUAUUUGUCGAGAGAUUUCUAGAAUAAUUUAUUUAUUUAUUUAUUUAUUUCUAUUUUUCUGUUGAUUUUGGUUUUGUAAAGUGAGAAGGAUAUGAAUGUAAAUUUAUCAAAAGAAUUUAUUUUAAUAUUAAGUAAUUUUAUUUUCCUC